AUGAGCUGUGUGACCGCAGGCGAGUCGCUCAGCCUCUCUGAACCUCGGUUUCCUGAUCUUAAAGUGGGGGCAGCCAGUGUCCUCUCUGGGUACAGCGAUGCCAGCCCCACGGCCCGAGGCUGCCAGGGUUUCCGUGGUGAACUCUCGCCCGCCAGGCAGGAGCUGUGCCGCCGGAAGGCCGUUCCCGGCCGGCCAGGGUUCCAGGUGAACCUCCGGGGCUCCAGCUCGCAGUGCCAGGGCCAGAUAGAGGUCCUUUUAGAUGGCCGGUGGCACACAGUGGACAGCCGGAGCUGGGGCCAGAGCCCGGGCCACCAGUGGCACCCCAGCGUGGCCUCCCCGCUCUGCCAGAAAAUGAAGUGCAGGGAAGCCUUGCUCUUCGGCCCGGUCCCUUCCUUCAGCAGCCCCCGGAACCACAUCACCUGCCACGGAACGCUGGGGUCCUUCUCCCGCUGCAACGCCAGCGACGCCCGCCAGGGGGAGCCCCUGAGCCUGAUCUGCUUAGAACCCCUGAAGACGACCCCUGCUCCCACAAGGCCUCUGCCCACAACCACUCCAGAGCCCGCAGCUCCUCCCCGGCUGCGGCUGGUGCCAGGGCCCGGGGGCCUGCGGUGUGCGGGCGUGGUGGAAUUCUACAGCGGCCGCCUGGGUGGCACCGUGGGCUACGAGGACCAGGACAGCACCGAGGCCCUGGGGGACCCGCAUCUGCGAGAUUUCCAGCCCCAGGUGCAGAGCCGCCUGGUGGGGGGCAGCAGCGUGUGCGCGGGCUCCGUGGAGGUGCGCCAGGGCCAGGGCCGGCAGUGGGAAGCCCUGUGCCACAGCCCCUGGGCCAAGAGCAUGGCACGGUGGGCGGAGGUGUGCCGGGAGCAGCAGUGCGGGCCGGCCAACUCCUACCAGGUGCUGGAGGCCGGCGAGAAGGACACGCGGGGGCUGGUCUGCUUCGGGGAGAAGCUGUCCCAGUGCCACCAGCUCCAGGAGCGGCGAGCCCACUGCAAGCGGGUGUUCCUCACGUGGCAGGACCCCAACCCGGCGGGCCUGGGCACCCGCACCGUGAUGAGCAUCAUCCUGGCCCUGGUGCUGCUGGCUGUGCUGCUGGUCACGUGCGGGCCUCUCAUCUACAAGAAGCUGGUGAAGAAAUUCUGCAUCAUCUGCUCAGUGUCUUUCCAUCGCGAUCACGGGACGACUGUCCGCCGGUCGCAGGUUGAGAACCCCACAGCCGCGCACCUGGAGAACGAGUACAGCCAGCCCCCCAGGAACUCCCAGCUCUCCGCGUACCCAGCUCUGGAGGGGGCCCUGCGCCGCGUGUCCGCCCAGCCCGAUAACUCCUCCGACAGCGACUACGACCUGCACGGGGCUCAGCGGCUGUGACAGACCAGGGACCAGGAGCGAACGGGAGCCAGCCGGGUCCUGAGAGCGCCCCGCAUCUGCCGCUUGGAAACACAGCCGAGGGCAAGGGCAGGCCUCCCACACCCAGCCGUCCUCCCGCAGGAGCCGCAGCGAAGCCC